AUGUAGAAUUUUGGGUAUUGGGCUAACAAGCGCUGCUACCUUCUAUUUUAAAGGAAUUAAAACUCUUGGGGAUUUGAAAAAGAAUUGAAAUUUACUCAAUAGAAAUCAAUAAGUUUGUUUGUAUUUAGUGGAAGAUUUAGAAUAAAGGAUUUAAAGAGAAGAAGUUACCUUAAUAUAUUAGAUUGUUAAAAGAGAAAUCGAUGAUGAAUAUGUUGAGUAUAAAGAUUAUAUAAGACAAUUGCAUAUGGAUUUUAUAGAAGAGAAAAAGAAGCAUUUGGAGAUAUGAAUAUUUUAAUUACAAUGUGUGAUGGUAAAAAUACUGAAGAUUUCUUAUUUAAUUUGAUCAAACAAUUAGAGGAGAAAUUGUUAAACUAUCAUUUCAAAAUGCAAAAUAGAACUGAUCAUGAUUGUAAAACUUAUAUGGAUAUUGAAAAAAAGUAUCUAAUAAAGCUAUGCAUAGCAGGAUUGAUAUUUAAAACUGUAUCCAAAAGAACAGUAUGGUUGUGCAGUUUUGUAAUUCACUGGUUCUGAUUGUUUUAAUAGAGGCACGAGAUUGUAGAGUCAAAAAAUGGGUACACUUUAAGUGAUCAUGAAUUAUACUCUAAUUAGAAAGAUGUUUAUAAGAUGAAGUUGCGGAAAGAAGAAGUAACUCUAUGUGAAGAAGAAAUGGAUGUAUAUAAGAUUUUAGGAUUGAUAUACAAACCCACUAAGGAGAGAUCAGUAUGA